CCUACUCGGCGCCACUGUAGAGUAUAUUCGCUAAAUGCAACAAUACUGGCUCUUCUGCUGAUCGCAGGGGUCCCGAGAGAGGCGGGGAGCGGCAUGAGCAGUCAGGAGGAGCUCUUUCAUGACUGGACGGACAAUCGCGAUGGCCGCAAUCCAUCUAGAAAAAGCGGAAGCUGUUUCGGCGGGUCGGAUCGCCGUCUCUCUCUGGGGGACGGUAGCCUGUUAUCGGAAUCGUCCGUCCGGGAAAGCUUCCCGCUCAUGGAAACCAAACUGUACAAGCGACGUUGGGUCAUGCUCUUUCUCUUUUGCGUCUAUUCCAUGAGCAAUGCCAUGAUGUGGCUGCAGUACGGGAUCAUCAGUAACAUCUUUAAGCACUUUUACGGUAUCGACGAGCUGGCCGUCGACUGGCUCUCUAUGAUUUAUUUCUUCACCUACGUCCCUCUCAUCGUGCCCGUCACGUGGCUGCUGGAUAAUCGAGGCCUGAGGGAAAUAGUAACGGUGGGCUCCGCCAUCAAUUGCAUCGGCGCUUGGAUCAAAACCGGCACGGCUCACCCCGACUCGUUCGCCGUGACCUUCCUCGGCCAGUUCGUUUGUUCCGUGGCGACCGUUUACGUCCUCGGUAUCCCUUCCAGACUCGCUUCUCUGUGGUUCGGACAACAGGAGGUCUCCACGGCCUGUUCGAUCGGUGUUCUGGGAAACCAGAUGGGCAUUGCCAUUGGAUUUCUCAUUCCCCCUAUCCUCGUGCCUAACGUCGACGAUGUGGAAGAGCUAGCGCACCACAUUAAGAUCAUGUUCUACAUCAGUGCUGGUGUGGCCAGUGUGAUUUUCAUCCUUGUCAUCAUUGUGUUCGAAGACAAACCGGCGCUCCCUCCCACACAGGCCCAGGCUCAGGCUAGGUGCAUCCCUGCAGAGAGCUACUCCUACCUGGCUUCAAUAUGUAGGCUGCUGCGCAACAAGCCCUUCAUGCUGUUGGUGGUCAGCUAUGGACUGAAUGUUGGCUGCUUUUAUGCCGUGUCCACACUUCUAAACCGAAUGAUCAUUGACCACUAUCCAGGUGAGGAGGUGAACGCAGGCCGGAUUGGGUUGACAAUUGUCAUCGCAGGUAUGGUGGGAUCUCUCAUUUGUGGAAUUUGGCUGGACAAGACUAAAACCUACAAACAGACCACGCUGGCCGUGUACGUGCUCUCCCUGAUCGGGCUGGUGGUGUAUGCUUCGACACUUAACCUGGGCCACUUGUGGGUGGUGUUCGUCACAUCUGGAGUUUUAGGCUUCUUCAUGACGGGUUACCUGCCUUUGGGCUUUGAAUUUGCAGUAGAGCUCACCUAUCCAGAAUCGGAGGGAACCUCAUCCGGUCUACUCAACUGUUCGGCUCAGAUCUUUGGAAUCAUCUUUACUAUCGGCCAGGGAAAGAUUAUGGACGCGUGGGGCACUUUGGCAGGAAAUAUUUUCCUGUGUGUAUUCCUGGUAAUAGGAUCUGUCAUGACUGGAUUGAUUAAGUCUGACCUCCGGAGGCAAAAGGCCAACGUGCAGGCAGCCGGACCAUCAGUCAGCUCUGCAGAGUCAGAGUCAUCGCUUCAGGACUGUGAGGGUACAUCUUGUGGCAGCCCCUGGCAGCAGCAGUCCUGACAUUAAUUUAUGAGCUCGCUAAAAAGCAAAACACACCUGCCAAGGACAUGACCAGUGUUCUAGAUGAAAGCCUUCCUCCUCUGGAAAUCCAGAAAGAAGGAAGAAUGUUUGAAUACAGGAACUAGUUGCGGUAAUACAUUCCACUAUAAAAGCCUCGGCCGAGUGGUCGCCGCGCCGCGAGGACUCGACGCACAUAUUCACAGCUACGUCGCACGGAUCUCGACACGAGCAUUAGAAGUCAAAACUUCAAAUGUCUUCACUGUUCUUUGUUUGUAGCUUUACUGUAAGUGGACCGUUUGAUUUUCUUAUCCACAAACCUUUCCAACUAGUGUGCUACUACUAUUAUAGUACCUACUGUCAAUGAUCAAUAUUGUAAGUACAUUGGAGUUUGACUUUGCAGAAGCAUUUCAUUUCACGUUCGUUUUUAGAACAUGAAUAAGACUGGGAUUUGGCAGCUGGCAUGUAGUACCUCCAGAGGUGGGUAGAGUAGCCAAAUCUUUACUCAAGUAAGAGUGGCAUUACUUUGAAAUAAUAUUACUCAAGGAAAAGUCAAAGUAGUCAAGUACAAGUAAAAAGUAUUUUGGUGAAAAGAAUAAUCAUGUGAUGGCAGUAAUACCACCAGAGGUGGGUAGCGUACCCAAAAAUGUUACUCAAGUAAGAGUAGCGUUCUUUAAAAUAUUACUCAAGUAAGUCCACCAAAAAAUGGACUCAAGUACAUGUGAAAAAUUAUUCGAUGAAAAGAAUACUCAAGUAUUGAGUAACAUUUUGACUAAGUGCUAAUGGUAUUUUUUUUUUUCUUUCCUUAGCACAACGUUAUCUACAUCAACUAUUAUUACACUGUACUAUAACCUAUUACGUGACCAUAUUAGGCCAAUAAAAUAAUCAAAUUCUGACUAGAAAAAGUAGAGAAAUGAAAAAUCAACCAUCCGAAAGUGCACGGGUGCUCUCUAGUGGAGAAAACAUUUCCUACUAUGAAAUAAAAGCCAUCACAUCUCCCAUUUUUUUUCUGGUCUAUCAGUGCCAAAUAAAAUAUGGGAGUUCAAAAUCUGUGUUUUGGAGUCAUGUUGACUCUGUCAACUCACUUUUUACAGCACGUCACAAUUGAAUAGAUCACUGGCUGCAAGCUUAUGUGGCUGUAUAGAGUCAUGUGAUGAUGGUUGCGACGACUAAUUUGUGAAACUGGUAGAGCAACUAGCAAAAAAAGUCAUACAUUUAAGGCAAUUAUCAAGGAUAAGCGCACACACACACACACAUUAUAUAUAUAUAUAUAUAUAUAUAUAUAAAGAUGCUAGCUCCAAUAGAUUUCUAUGACGACAUCCUAUCCAGUUUUAUUAUAUCAAAAGAUUAGACAGCUGAUUGGUGUGUCAAGAGGCACAGGCCAGAAUGCAUAUCUUCUUAUUAUUCUGUGGCCCAGAAGCAAAUGCAGCAUGGCUUGGUGAUUGAUUCUAUUAUUAUAUUGUAGUAUAAGCUAUUACAUGACCGUAUUAGGCCAAAGAAAUACACAAAAAUGGUCAAAAUUCCGACUAGAAAAAGAAAUGACUAUACCCAAAAGAGCAUGAGUGCUCUCUAAUGGAAAAAUCCUGACCAUAAAAAAAUGGAUCACAUGUCAGGUUUUCCGUGGUCUAUCGGUGCCAAAUAAAAACUGGGAAAAAUCUGAUAUUUAGAAUAAAGAGGAAAAAUGGAACGACUGCAGUGUCGCAGAGUACAAAUAGUCAAAAGUAUGGUGUGGUGUGGUAAAACUACUCCAAGGAGUACAUUUACCGCCACCUAGAGCAUAGGCGGAGUUUGACUGAGGAUCACUAUAUUUACACAUCUGUUCCGUGUUGAAUCGUCAGUUAGGCUGAAGCAUAGUUUUAAAGAAAUACCAAUCUUGCCUCCUCAGGUGUCGCAAAGCAAAGGACCAUCUCCAAGGUGCUAGUCACAUAAUCUUUAUUAAAAUACUUUGUAGGAUUCUUGUUCAUUUCAUUCAUUUUUGUAGUUAGUUUUGUUGCUUUACAACUUUUAUAGACAACAUUUCACCAGCUUGGUCUUUUAUUUUUCAUUCAUUUAUGGGAAAGUCAAUGACAUGCAAUGACAUUUUUCGGCCACUGGAGGGAUGGGGGGGCACAGCCCCACCUGUCUCCCUUCAGUCUCGGCGUAUGACCAAAAUGACUCAAUGAAAUGUAAAUGAAUUGCGUUACUACCCACCCACCUCUGAAUGAGACAGAAAGCAAUAUGUCGGAGAUAUAAUACAGUAUAUAGGUAAGGUUUGUGUUCUUCCUGAACUGGCAGAGGACUGAAAUCAGGAGGUGAAUGGAAUCAAUAUGUAGUUUAGAAGUAAAGCACUUUAUGACAUAGUAAUGCAUACUGUGCAUAGUUUAACUCGUUUGGUGAUUUCUCUUUGUCAAAAUAUGUCGGUGGUGCUAAUAUAGCAUUUCAUUAGGGUUUUCAGACAUUGCAAAAGUGUGAAGAAGCUCUGACAAUCCUUGGUAUUUCCAACAUGAAAUAAACCUCGUAUGAGUGUUUUCUGUGACACCACAAAAAACUUGAAUGGUCAAAGGAGUUUAUGUUCUGUUGUUACACAAAUAAAUCUUAAUCCAUUCUAAAAUGUGUCUUUGUGUUAGUUUGUUUCCUAUUCAAAAUAUGACUUUAU